AUGGCCGCAGUGGCUGAAGCGUUGCAUUCGGAAGUCGAGUGCGAUAGCAACCAUCAAGAGAUCUCCCAGGCCGUAUUUUGCGUGACCGGCCCCAUGCAGCAGGACCAACUUCCCGAAGAUGCCAAGGUGCGGGUGGUGAAUGUAUCAGGUUGCGACAAAGAAAGACAAGACCAACUGGUGUCUGUCUUCCUCUCAGAAGCAUGUGGAGUUCCAGUACACUUGGAGUCAAAUGAGGAUGACAUGGAUGACAUGGAUGACAACGGCAGUGCCCGGACAAUGGUGUUGAAGGGCCAAGAUGGGGAUCAUCUAGUCUUGCUACUUAGCAGUGAGAUGUGUGAGAUUCAGCUGGCGCCUGGCAUUCUUGCUCAUAUGGUGCAUAUUUUGGGCGACCCAGAGGAUGCCAAUUUGGAUGCGCUCUUCUGUGCCAUGCCAGAGCAAACGGAUGACAUCUCACUGUCAUUGCUGUUUCCUGAAGACCUUCCUGAAUCCAUUUGGUCCGGGCUUGCAGCUGCAAGCAAGGCUGCCGGCUUUCGAAGCGUCAGUGCUGUCCCCUUAUGCCAUGCCUCCAGCCUGAGCCACGAGCUGGCGCAGCACAUUAUGUUAGCGCCAGCCAUCCCAUUCCAGAAGCUGGUGGAAAGCUACAACAACGCCUUGCAAUCCGAGACUCGUGAUGGGAUUCAGAAAAGGAUGGUGGCCAACCAACAGGCAGUCGAAGCAGCUGCUGAGUCAGCAGAGUUGUAUGCUCAACGCCUUGAGUCCUACACGGAUCAUCUUCCAUUGCCCAAGGACAAACUUGUAGAAGUUUCGAAUGAUGCUGUUCGAGAGUGUUGGGACAAGCUCAACGCACGCCUGGAGUACCUUGACCUCACCUCUGAUGAAAGUGCAGCACAUAAAGCAGAGUGCAUGCGCCGCAUCUCGAGGGAUCAGACGAAUCUCUGCAAGAUGAACAUGCUGAAAAGUGUGUCUCAAUGCUGGCAGGUCGCCAGGGAACGCUGGAACAGUGUGAUGGAUAGCUUGCCACCGGAACACAUGGCUUCAAACCUGGGCAGUUGGUGCCAAACUUCUGGUGCUGGAUGGAUUCAUGAGGGAAAAGGCCGCAGUGGUCGAGCGGUGCAUCUCUCCGAGCAAGAGGACAUGGCGAAGGAGGAGCUACGCUUUGCCCUCCUGGCUGCGCUUGAAGCCUCAUACGAGCGACGUGCUGCUGAAGUCUUUGAGGAGACCUUGGCAGCAACGGACAGAGCUGCACAAGAUGCUGCAGAUCAACAGCAGGCAGCUGCCCAGCAAGCUGCGCAGAGGGCAGUGGAUGUGACGAACCAGGCCUUCGACAAUUUGCGGAAUGUGUCGGAGCGGCUGGGCAACGAGUUGUCAGAUGAAGCGGACAAAUUGAACUCAGCAAGUGAAAACCUGACCAAGUUGGAACAGGACAUCAAGGAGCUCAACAAGCCCAAGUGGUAUGAAACUCUGGGCCAGUGGCUGCUUGUGGGUGCUUCCGCCAUUGCCGGCAUCGCGCUCUGUGUGGUGGGAGGGCCAGUUGGUGCUCUAGUUGGGGUAUGCUGCUCCUAUCUGCUGGCCUCAGCACUGGCAUGGAAAUGGCCUUCAGCGGGGGUUCCGCAGAAGGCCUUUGAGCAGCGGAGCCUUCAACCUCCCAGGCUCACCAUGGGCAGCGGCGGCUCGGUUCACUUCCAGCUGACACCCGAGGAGGCCGCAGAUGUCGAUGCCUUUGUGGCCGGCGGCCUCGCCCAGGUCCCGAGUCUGAGGAGAAGAGUGGAGGAGCUGCAGGCCGGAGCUCGAGAGGCAGAGAGACUCCGAGCACAAGAGCAAUUCCCAGAAGAGGCCGGAGCGCACAACGCGGAGAAACUCCAAGAAGAGGUGGCGCAACUGAACGAAGAGGUCCGCUCGUUGCGUCAAGCAGAAGCUGCUGCAGCGCGGCGCAUUGAAGAACUAGAAAGUCGAUUGCGAGAGGACCCCAAAGAGCGGGUGAGUCACAGUCUACCUGCUCCUCCGGGAACUUCAGAUGCAGGCACCACACCUCACGACCUUGCAAAGGACGGCGAUGACAAGAAGGUUUUCGUGGCUCUGCUGAGCGGCAAAGACUGUGAAUGCCUGUGGUUGCAAGACCGGACCAUCCGACAGCUGAAGGAAGAAGCUCAGCAAAAGCUGGAUAUUGCUAUAAAGCACUUGAUUGGUCCCAACAUGGAGCCGUUGGACGAAGAGAAGAUGCUCGCAGAAGGAAACGUCAUGCCUGGCAUCACGCUGACGGUCGUUGCAGUAGACCAGGCAGCUGAGGCAAAGCAGGCAGCAGAGGAUGAGAAAGAAGCGGCAGAAUGCCGCACCGACAUCCUCCUGGCGGCCCUCAAUGGCCGCCUCGGCGCGGUGCGCCACAUCCUGCGGACGCCCGGCGCGGUGGCCUCGAAGCCCGAGGAGAUCUGCCGGGUGCUGGCGGCGAAGGCCGAGGUCGACGCCAGCGUCAGCGGCAGCACCCCGCUGCAUUUCGCGGCGAUCAAAGGCCAAGUAGAGGUGGUGAAGCUGCUCGUCGAGGCGAAAGCUUCGGUGAUUGUGAAAAGCAAGUAUGGCCAGACUCCAUUGGACGAUGCACGAAAACAGGGCCACGAUGAAGUUGUGACGAUUCUGGAGAAUGCAGCAUGA